CCUCAUUGCUCGCGACCCGAGCGCCGCAGUGAUGCCAGUAACCCUCUAGGAUGCUCGACACACGGAUGGCCUGAUCACCGUCUGUUUCAGCCACAUGUCUUUAAGCGGAUCCGGUUAAAUCUGGUGUUUGUAAAAAGGUGUUUUCAACGCCACGGGAUAACGGGAUCGCGCGACCUUGCGCUGAAUGUCAUUUAGAAAGGGGCUUUAAUCUCGCUACGAACAUUAGGAUUUGAGUCUCAGCGAUGGAUAUUAUAAAGCAUAUAAUCAACGACACAGUCCAGUUCUACAAAUGGAGUCUCACCAUCGCAGACAAGCGUGUGGAGAAAUGGCCGUUGAUGGACUCUCCGCUGCCCACGCUGGCCAUCAGCUCCUCGUACCUGCUCUUCCUCUGGCUGGGGCCCCGGUUCAUGCAGGGCCGAGAGCCCCUCCAGCUGAGGAAGACCCUCAUCCUCUACAACUUCAGCAUGGUUGUCCUCAACUUCUUCAUAUUCAAGGAGCUCUUCCUUGCUGCGCGAGCGGCCAACUACAGCUACAUCUGCCAGCCUGUGGACUACUCAGACGAUCCCAAUGAAGUGAGGGUGGCAGCAGCUCUGUGGUGGUACUUCAUUUCUAAAGGUGUGGAGUACCUCGACACUGUGUUCUUCAUCUUACGCAAGAAGUUCAACCAAAUCAGCUUCCUGCACGUCUAUCACCACUGCACCAUGUUCACUCUGUGGUGGAUCGGCAUCAAAUGGGUCGCCGGUGGACAGUCGUUCUUCGGGGCUCAUAUGAAUGCAGCCAUCCAUGUCCUGAUGUACUUGUAUUAUGGGCUGGCCGCUUUCGGUCCAAAAAUACAGAAGUAUCUGUGGUGGAAAAAGUAUCUGACCAUCAUUCAAAUGAUCCAGUUUCACGUCACCAUCGGCCACACGGCUCUGUCUCUGUACUCCGACUGUCCGUUCCCUAAGUGGAUGCACUGGUGUCUGAUCGGAUACGCCCUCACCUUCAUCAUCCUCUUCGGGAAUUUCUAUUACCAGACGUACCGUCGUCAGCCCCGGCGCGAGACCACGGCCAAACCCAGCAAAGCCCUUCAUAACGGAGCCUCCAACGGAGCCCUGAGCUCCAGCAACGGAAAGACGGACGAGAAGCCGGCCGCAUCCGAGAGCGGCAGGAGGAGGAGGAAGGGCAGAGCCAAGCGUGAUUAAAACAUCCGACAGGUUAAAGGUCAUCACACGCCUGCAGUCAGUCACUAAUUGUUAUGAACAAACAAGGGAAAAAAUGAGCCUAGAUGUAGAAAGACUGAACAAUAUCCUUCCUCACCGUCCUCCUUAAAGGGACAGUUCACCCAAAAAUCAUUUACUCACCCUCACGUUUUCUAAGCUGAUAUGAGUUUCUUUCUUAUGUUAAACACAAAAGAAGAUAUUUUGAAAAAUGUUAGUAACCAAACAAUUGACGGAAGCCACUGACUUGCUACAAUACUAUGCAAGUCAAUGGCUACCGGCAACUGGUUGAGGUGAGUAAAUGAUGACAGAAUGUUUUUUAUUAUUUUUUUGGUGAUCUAUCCCAUUUAGUUUGGCACAUUGUUUUAUGUAUCUGCCUUUUUUACAUUGCUGUCCUAAUGCCAGAGAAGACCCAUGUCUCACCAGUGUACAUCAAUUAUAAGAAAGACUUUAAGAUGUCAAACUUAUGAUUUCCAUCAUUUAUCAUAUCGAGGUCCACACGUCCACUAGUGGGGUUUCUUCUGUAGUUGAAUGUCUCCAGCAUGAUUGAGAUCCAAAAAGCAUCUUAGGCUUCAAUGGAUAUAGAAAAACCCAUCUGAGUCACAUGAUCAGUGGCAGGCAUUUACUUACAGUACAUUUGAUUAGCCACGUUGAGCUCAGUCUGAAAUGUUUCAUCUUCAUUUUACAGACUUUUGGACCUCUCUGUAUAUCGGUUAUCUGUAAAGCAUAUGUAAGUGUCUGUUUAUUUAAAGCGUUCAUGUUUCAUGUCAGUUGUUUAGCUGCUGGUAGGAUAUAUUACCAUCGGUCCUGUCCUUUAAACAGAUAUCGUGCAGCUUCAGCUUCUCUCAGAAAUAAGCAUGCAGCUUACCGAGGCCAGUGACUGAGAACAUACAUCUAUACUGUUUUGUUUGUUUUUUAAACGUGUCCAGAAUCAGUCAAAGCUCCAACAUGAAUGACAGGAAAGAUAAAUAUCAGUUCAGUGCUUCUGCAUCCUGGCUUUGAAAUGGAUCAAACAUCAGACCAAAGCUGAUCUUUAAGAAACUGAUAUGGCUAGGACGGAUGCAUCAUGCAUCAGCAUCUGAAGUGUCUCAUGGGAUAAAAUAGCUUUUAGUUUUAUUGGGAUAAUGACAACAUCACAUCAUCUGAACGAAACAGGUUUGGGAAAUGUUUGUAGCUGCAUUAUUACUGCAUUGGCAUAAAUAAAGUCUUAAGCUCCACCUCAUUGUUUUUCAUUACGAGUAGUUCCUGAAGUACAUCAUGUGUUUUGUCUUGAAUUUUUGUAAUGUUGUAUAUUCGGUGCAAUUUUGUACAUUGUGCUUUAAAAAAACCCUGCAAUGAUCAUCAACUGUUCGUUUUCUUUUCAAAUGACAGAUAAACAUUGCUGUAUGUAAAAAAUAAAUUAAAAGCCAAUGCGUAGUCA